AUGGAGGAGAAGUUCAAUAGACUUCUGUUAGUCCCCAUUGCAGCGGUGCUGUUCCUGAUGAUCGGGUACCAGUACGUGUGCCCUGCGGACAGCAACACCUGCUACUUCCGAGGGGACGAGAAGGGGCUUUUCCAGCGCUACUCCGCUGGCUUUGAGUUUGUUUAUUCGGACGAGGCGGACGAGGAUCUUCCGUCCAAGAUCACCACCAAAUUUAACUUUACGGAACGGGACCUGGACAGGCACGUUGACUUCGAUAUCCGAGGGGACGACGUCAUGGUGUUUCUGCACAUUCAAAAGACGGGCGGGACCACGUUCGGGCGGCACCUGGUCAAGAACAUCCAGCUGGAGCAGCCGUGCGACUGUAUGCCCGGCCAGAGGAAGUGCACCUGCCACCGGCCCGGUAAAGCCGAGUCCUGGCUCUUUUCGCGCUUCUCCACGGGCUGGAGCUGUGGGCUACACGCGGACUGGACCGAGCUUACGAGCUGCGUGCCCGUGGUCAUGAACAAGAGGGACAAGAAGAACGCGCAGAAGAGCAAAAGAAAUUUCUACUACAUAACGAUGCUUCGAGACCCUGUAUCCCGGUACCUGAGUGAGUGGAAGCAUGUCCAGCGUGGAGCCACAUGGAAAACAGCCCUCCAUAUGUGUGAUGGGCGUCCGGCCACUCAGGACGAACUGCCCGCCUGUUACAGUGGAGACGACUGGACGGGCGUGCCCCUGACAGACUUUAUGAACUGCCCUUCAAACCUGGCCAACAACAGACAGGUGCGCAUGCUGGCGGACCUCAGUCUGGUGGGCUGCUACAACAUGUCAUCCAUGAGCGAGCUGGAGAGGGGCCAUGUGCUGCUGGCCAGCGCCAAGGCCAACCUGCGCAACAUGGCCUUCUACGGCCUGACGGAGUUUCAGCGCAAGACGCAGUAUUUGUUUGAGAGGACGUUUGGCCUGCGCUUUAUCCGCGCCUUUACGCAGAUCAACAGCACUCGAGCUGCCAGCAUAGGCAUCAGCGAGAAGGUGCGCUGGCGCAUCGAGGGCCUCAACGCUCUGGACGUAGAGCUCUACGAGUACGCCAAGGAGCUGUUCCUGCGUCGAUACCAGUACCAAAGGCAGCAACAGCACCAGGAGGAGCGUCUGCGCAGACGCCAGCAGAGGCAGCACAGGCAGCGGCUGCACAGGACAUACUGGGCCCAACUGCUCAGACUGGGAGCAGAGGAAGAGGACCAGAAUGAGGUGGUGAAUGCACUUGAGGUGGUAGCCACCACAGAGGAUUACAGUAGUCAAGUGGUUAGAUGGUAA